UGAAGUAUGGGGAUUUAUCAUUGCUGUCUAUGGGAAUUUAUUUGUAGUGGUGCACCCUCAGGGUAUUGCACGUGCUCAGAGCUGUGCACGCACGCAUAGACCAAUGCGCGCAUGCUCAGAACUAGUAAAAAGGACCGGAAUGUUGGUCACCACCAAGCGCCUCAAAGUCUCCCAUUCAGACAGUGAACGCCAACUUUCACGCUCAGACCCUCACAGCCAUACAGUACAGAUGUACAGAAAGUAUACUUUCGAUUCCAUUAGACGCUUCACUCGUCUCGAUGGCGGAGAUGCCUGCUUUCUGCAUUGUAUGGCGCCAGCAAGCUGUCCUAUUAAUGUGUAGGCAAGCAGAGGACAUAAGAAAUUAAAUGACAGCUCAAUAGACGGACAGAAAGCCCGCCCUACAAACAGUCCGAUCAACCGAUCGACAGAGAGACAGCCAGCCCGACAGACAGACAAAUUUGCCAAAUCUUACCAGCUUUAGAUGGAUUCAUCGCAGGAGUCUUCACUGCUGUCACUGCUGUCCACUGUCGCUGCUGUCCUCGUCACUGGUGAAGCCUUCUGCGAGUUAACAAAAAGCACUGAAAUCCAUCAAUUAAAAUACAUAUACAUGUACAGGUAUGCGGCAGUCUGCUUGGCGUUGGGGUGGGGGAAUGUUAGAUGUGAUUGGCAAAAGUUUAACAUUAUUUUCGGAGUUAUUUGCGCAAGUGCAAUUUAUCGGGAUCCUUUUCGCCCCUUCUUUCUCGGUAUUGUUCUGUUCUUCCUUCUUUGGGGGCGGGGCGUUAUUGGGAAGAAAGAAAAAUCUACCAGGCAGUGUCUGAUGCCCUACAAAGUGUGGGUCGUUUGGUUGAGGUACUUUGAAGUCAAGCGUUGGGUAGAUUGGACAAGGGAAGCAUGGUUUGAGUACAGGGUGCCCUUACCUCCAGUUUUUUUUUAGCAUUAUUGACUCAUCUCCUUAUUUUCCACAUUUAUUGGUAAACCUUGUAAUUCAUUCAAAUAUAUUAAUUAAAGUCGUAUCGGUUACUUAGAUAAACGUGUCCCCCACUAAUUGUUAUCUGAAGCAGUCUGCUUAACCUUUAUUUUGGGGGGACCAUACAUAAAUAAUUAUUGCAGUCUCUAUUUUUUCUGAAGUCAGGCAAAGCGGAUAGGUCUACUCAGCUUUAGAAAAAUCGGAAAGUGGAAAGAUAUUGGACAUCAUUUGGAGUGCUGUUAUAAGGGAACUCCCUACUUGGCCCAUGGAUCCCCUUUACAUCAAUAAUUAUGCUAAAAGUAAAGGAUCUUCAUUUCAUGAAACUUUCUUCUGAAUUGCAGAAAACUACUUGACAUCCCUUCCUGGCUAAUGUUGCUGAAAAUGCAGAUUUCGAACAAAAAGAGCUUUCCGUUAUUCACCGUAAACCCAUUGAGUCCGAAAAUGGUCCUCCAAGUUACUCCUUAACAAACGAGACUGUAGUUACGCAACUUCAAGCCAGUAAUCUAUACCACCGUCUUUAUCGUCUCUGUAGGCUGCCUCCGUGGGGGUAUUUACUGGUAGGUUUGGUACCAGCGUUGCAAUUUUCAUGUUGAGCCAUCUCUCCUGAAGAAACUAAUUAAAAACAGAAAGUUUUCUCUCAUCAUGACACCUGUUUUUACUAUAGUGAGAAAAUUGCUUGGAUUUGUCCUGAGAUUCUAUCUGGUUUCCAUGUAUCCAGUAGAAAUGUCCCAAAUGUUUUGUUUUCCUAUCUUUGCUGCCAUUCAAGUGACGUGAUGCAUUUUUCAUGCUGCGGGUCUGGCUUUCUGAUUGAUUUUAUCGAUCUCUUGUAGUAUUACGCUAUGUCUCGUUGUCUAGGGCUGUACCGCUGACUUUACUUGCGAUGUUUUAAUGACGUAGUAAAGUGUCCAUUGUACCCACCGGAGUAAGCUUGUGACUUUUUUCGCAAGCUCUCGGACAAGCACUGCGCAUACAGUGUUUAUUAAUAUAUACGUUGGGUAAGGGCAAAAACCCAUUAUAUAAAUGUCCAUCGUACGUUGGUUGAUUUUAUUGGCUUGGCCUAUAUUGCAAACACCAAUUAGCCUCUUAUGUGUAAAAUAUCUUAAGUGAUAGAGCAUGACAUUGAUUUUCUUUACUUUCUAAAGAUAACACUUCAGAUGAGAUUUACAGAUAGGCAGCUGCUGCCAGAGGGCGGUCAUUUUACGCACAUUAUUUGCACCUGUCGUAUAAAGCAAUACACAAAUUCCGUCGAAUGAUACCUGUACUUUGAAAUUAGAAACCUUAGAAUGCACGGUCAAUGUUUGGAGACGAAAUCACUUUCAAAUGACAUAUAUGUAUUUUAUGAACGUACGGUAGAGAAGUAGUCUAAUCAGUCAAAAAUUGCAUGCAUGCGAUUUUUAUAUUUAGACCACCACGUAAAACUAUGUUAUGUGACUGUGGACCAUUCUUUCCCUUCCGUACACCCACCCACAUCCUCCAAGGGACAACAAGGAUGAAUCAACUCAUAGCAAAGGAACAAACAUGCAAUAUAGACCAACUGGAGUCAUUAUUGGGUGCAGUGCUUUCAAGUUUUGACCUUCCCUGCACACGCAUUCCAUCGAGGUGUUUCUUGUGUUUAAAUUUGAUGUGUAAUGGAAUCAAUUAUUCAUUUCCAUAGAUAACAGGUUUCUAAGUUGCGCCUUUGUUGUACUGUCCAUUGAGAGCCCAUCUUUGUUUGAAGACGGAUUAAGCAAAGUGACUUUCUGUGCUAACGAUCAAUGUAGCUGAGAGACCGAGUUGCCGUAUAGACAUCUGCUAAAUACAGUAACUAUUGUGAACGUGUGCCUCUGUGUUCACAGUUAGACUUUCUCUUGUAGUGUCAGUGUUUGGAUCAUUAUGAUCAAAAACAAAACAUAUCCAAGUUAUUGACUAAAAUAAGAACACAAGUGUAUGUUGAAAUAAGCGUCUAAAAUCGGACGCAGGAAAGACGCCAUGGGAUUGCACGGGGCGAUUGUGGUACUUGUACUCAUUGUCGUCGCGAAUAUUGCUGCCGCGUCACCCUUACAUCUGCAAAAGUUGUCCACUUAUAACAGUGUGAACCAGCAACAGGGACGCUCGAGCGUCGACAUCGGAUUAGAGAUCCACAAAAUGCACGUUAGGCAGGGCAUCAUUGCCUCCAAUUCCGAGCAGCAUGGCAGUGGAGAAAAUGACCUCGAUGAAGCCAGUGAAGUCAAGAGGUUUCCAGGAUUAUUUGACGACACCGACAUAGGAGAAACGCUGACAGGACAGGAGCUGGAAACUGAUGACAGGCCAGAUAAGGACUUGGAUCUGGAGCUACAGUACCACUCGUUGUCACUCCAGCUUCAGAAGCUCAGUUCAUCUGAGGCUUCGGAUUCAGUGGACUUAGAAAACGAACUCAUAACUCUUGAGAAGUCUUCUGGAAAGCGUUUCCAAAAGAAGCCGAAGCUGUCUCACACUGACACUGUUUUGUCCCCUCCCACGGUCAGUACAACUGAAGAGGAUCUAUCGGGGCAGCUUCAACACGAAGGUGAAAAUAUGGACGCACAGUUGCUUAACGAUUUUGACAUAACCGAUGAAAGCAGCGGCUCUGGGAAGUCUGCCAGUGGAGACGGCUGCUUAGACGACUAUCCAUCGCUUGAAACCAACAACAAUAUGGAUUUUUCCGAACUGAGACACCCUGGGGAUAGUCUGAAUAUUCCCAAACAUUCUCUUUUGGGUAAAGGUUCCUCGGAUGUCGUGAUAAGUGGGUCAGGAUAUUUUUCCGCUUUAACCAGAGCUGAUGACGGUUCAGUCUAUGAGGAUAUUACGCUUAGCGGUGUGCCGCAGCCUGGUAGCAAGACCCGGAAAGAAAAAGCCUUUUCAACGGAACAAACUAAAGAACAACAAAAUGCUGAGGUUAUGAGUGAGUUGGGCAUAGCCGAAAUUGCCAAAGUACAAGAAAAGAAGACAAAUACGGAUCUGUCAGUGGAUGAGAGGUUGGAGUUGGAGCUAGAGGGAUUGAGUCUUGUGGUCGGUAGUAUCACAUCAGUAGAUAGCAACCAAGUGGAAAAUGAUGCGUCACUCGAAUUAACCACAGCUACAAAUCCGGAUUCAGUAGAGGUCAGUCUCUCUCGAGGAUAUGACAUACCUCCUCUAAUAUCAUCGGUGAGGACCGUGAAUCCAAACAGGCAGGACAUUGGGUGCCUUGGCAAUCAGUUUACCUGUAGAAGUGGGUCACAGUGUCUACGUAUCGAAAACGUGUGUGAUUUAGUCCAAGACUGUGAAGAUGGAUCAGACGAAGACCCUUUCUUAUGUGUGUCAUCAAGAAAAUGCGUUGCAGAGUUUUUUAAAUGUGGUUCCAGUGCCCAGUGUAUCAGCCAAGCGAACAGGUGUGAUGGAAUUUACGAUUGCUCAAAUGGGGAAGACGAAAAAGACUGUUGGACCUGCGAGGAUUGCAACGGUAAAAAGCAUCAUCUGACAGUGGAGGAUUUAUGUGACAGCGUGAAGGAUUGUGCAGAUGGCUCAGAUGAGAUCAAACAAAGGUGUCAGAUGCCUUGUUCUCCUGGCUAUCGCAAGUGCAAAGAUGGCUUACAAUGCGUGAAAGAAGAACUAUUCUGUAAUGGUGUGCAUAGUUGUCACGACAUGUCCGAUGAGGUGGACUGUGAUCGAACCAACAGUGACUGUCAAGUCUUCGACAUGUUUGCGUGUGAUGGUCUGUGCCAUCCCAUGGCAGCUUUGUGCGACUCAACAUACGACUGCAGCAGUGGCAUUGACGAGGACGGCUGCGUUAAUGAUCCUUAAUGGUCCAAUACGAUGAGCUGACAUCUGAGACAGGGAAGUGCAUCUUUUCUUGUCAUUCAAGUUUAUUUUCCAUGUUAUCAAUUCCAAAGGACUUACACAUGUACAUGUAUAUAGAAAACAUAAAUCUAGAGAUUUUUUGAAGAUUAAUUUUGUUCAUCGUAUGUAUUAGUCGUAUUUUUGAGAGUCAAAGUUAUGAAAUUGCUGACGAUGUGGCAUGUGAUGUCUUACGCGACAAUUUGUCCUCACAGUCACGGUGAAACGGAAAAAUUCGAUCAUGCAUGGACAAAGUCUUUCCGUGACUUUGAAUCAGGACCGGAUCAGCUUUCAGCAAAAGAGCGUGUUGUUAUAUAUUGUCCGUGAGGGGUACGUUCGGGCAUUUUCUGGAAAAUAUUGAAAACUACAUGUAAUGCUUUUAUUGGCCAUUUAAGAAUAAAUACGGGCGAUUCACAAGAGCGCGCCUCUAAACAGUGCUAUUAAAUCUGUACCUUGGAGCCUUUUUGGCUUUUAUGCUAAUGCAUAAUCAUGAGAAUCCUUUUCUCAGAAGUGGUUUCAGAAAGCAACUUUGAGGUUCCGAAUAUAAACGUGGAAACAUGUAACGUGAAAACUGAACACUUUCCCUAAUUUACAACACAACAGCACUAGUACUUGUCCGGAAAAGCUUGAACAGUUUUUAAUGUUAAAACUGCACACUUCAGAACAUUUAACUCCAAAAGGAUUUCAACCAUUUUUUAUACAUUGAAGAACAAUAUAAAGAUGUGAGUGUCAGUAUAAUCCAUUGCAUGGAUCCUUCAAGGAAACUUAUAAUUUCAGGUAAUAUAGGUUUUAGGUAAUUUCGGAAAAUUUGUAAAUGAAUCAGUAAUAGCAGCAUUCGUUUUGGAGCAAAAUAGAACCAACAUUCAAAUACCCGUUUCUAUUUAACAAAUACCAGUCUCAAUCAGGGUUCAUUCAGUCAUAUAGAGUCAGCUUCAAUUUCCUGAUAUUGCACAGGUUUAGAAUGUUGACAUUCAUUUUUGCACGAAAUUGAAUGCACCUCUGCAAUCCCGCAUUUAUCUUAAUUUGAACUCAAGCUAAUUCGGAAAAUAUGCAAGCCAUUUCGCCUGUGUGUUAUUUAAGGUGUACCUGAUCAAGAACUAGAAUUUGUUUGUAUAUAACAGAGGUUACAUUCUUAGAGGUGUUUAGUUGAUUGGUUAAAUGUUUGAAUGUUCAUGAUUGAAAUAAACCAUUCAUGCUGUCAAUGGAAACUA